AAAAAAAUUCGCUGUAUAAUUUUGGUGCUUUGCGCUCUCCUCCCGCCGCCAUGCCGUCCACUGACGUUGCAGAGAUUCAAAAAAAGCUCUUCAAGCGCAUGGGCCUGAGUGUACCAGAAGACAAACAAAAAGCACCAAGGCGCCCGUUCAAACAAACCAAGGGAAAUUUCAGUCAAGUGUCGCGUCGCAAAGCUGAAAGAGCGCAAAAAAGGACACAGCAUCACCCAAGGCAGGCUCUUCCUGCUAGAAAACAAGCCAAUGGCAUCAAUUCUACUCGCCCAGAGAGAACCUCACAACGCCCGAAAGGUCCUCCGGCAAAAUCAUUACCAAGUGACGACAGCCAGAGUGACAGCGAUGGCUCUGAAGUACCGGUUGACGAGGAAGAGGAUGACUUCUCGCGAGAAUUCGACGACGGCGAAAGCGAAGGCUCUGAAAUCGAAGACGGAGACGACUUUGGCUUAGAGGACGAGAGCGAAAGCGAGAGCGAUGCUGAGGGCGAUGCGGAUAGCGAUGCCGAGAGCGAUGAGGCACAGUCAUCAUCGAAAUACGAGGGGAUUUCUUCAAGAGUUCGCGAGCAAUUGGCUCAAGAUGAUAAGGAAAUCGAGGAACUCGAAAAGAAACUACGCAUCAAGAAGGGAUCUUCAUCGCUGCCGAAGUCUUUUAGAGAUGAUGGGCUCGACGAAAUUUUAGGCGAUGUUGGGGCGGAGUCUGAAACGAAAGAAGCUGAUGAUAGUCUCAAAAGAAAGCGGCAGUAUGACGACUGGCUAGCUUCGAAAAGGAGGAAAGCUGAAGGCGCUUCAGCUGCCCAGGGCGACUCUGCUAUAUUAGAUGGCUCAGAAGAUGAGGACGAGUUCGAUUUUUCAGACGAUGAAAGCGACAACCACGACCGAGAGGAAGGCUCAUCAAAUCAUAAACAGGCCAAAGUGAAAGAAAAUCCAUAUGUGGCCCCGACCGCAGGAGCAGUAGUCGCCAAAUAUGUGCCCCCAUCGUUGCGAAAAGCUGCCAAUUCAGAUUCAGAAAUCAAGAUGCGGCUGCAAAAACAGAUCCAGGGUCUGGUGAAUCGUUUGACAGAGGCAAACAUCCUACAAAUUGUCAAAUCUGUCGAGGAUCUUUACCAAAACAAUGCUCGCGGUGACAUCACCGAGAUUCUUACGAGUACACUUUUGGCGCAAAUGUACAAGUCUUCAAGUGUUCCGGACCAAUUCUUGGUUCUCACAGGUGGCUUUUCCGCCGCGGUUUACAAAGUGAUUGGAUCUAGCUUUGGAUCCCACCUGACGCAACAGGUGGUUGUGAGCUUCCAAGGCUCAUACAAGAGUAUCACGCAGGAAGGGGUUGACUUGUCAGAAAUUCCAAAAGAAGCGUCAAAUAUUCUUGGAUAUCUCACACAAUUAUACCUAUUCGAAGUUGUGAGCUGCAAGAUCAUCUUUGAUUAUAUGGAGAGGCUUCUCACCGAGUUGAACGAGCUAAAUGUUGAGCUUCUUCUACGUAUCUGCCGCAUGGCGGGCCGCCUUCUCCGGCGUGAUGAUCCAAAUGCGCUCAAGCACGUUACAUCCAUUUUGAACAAGGCAGUUGGCGAAAUUGGGCCCGCUAACCUGUCUGUACGUACAAAGUUCAUGGUUGAGACGAUUAAUGAUCUUGGCAAGAGCAAGCCAAAGGCUCGAGGAUUGGACUCUGGUAUUGUAUCAGAUCACGUUCUCCGCAUUAGAAAGAAGCUUGGUGAGCUCAAGUCACAGUCUCGGAGACUCGAUGGUCUCGCACCCAUGGGCUUGAGCCUGCAAGACAUAGAAAAAGCAGAUACUCGAGGCAAAUGGUGGCUGGUGGGCGCAAGUGUCCCAGCAAAAGAGACUUAUCAGGAUUUGGAAAAAGAGUCAACAUCCGCACCGCAAAAGAAUGGCAGGGAUCUGACAGACGACGAGGAUAUGGAUAUUGUACUGCCCGAUUACUCGAAGAAAGCUCGCGGCCAAGGCUUCCACACCUCAGCACAAAUAGCUAUAUUUACUGCUCUCAUGUCCGCGACAGACUAUGAACAUGGGUAUCGACAAUAUGCUAGCCUCAAGCUGAGAAAAGACGAUCAAAACGAGAUUGCACGCGUUCUCGUACAGUGCGUCGGGAGUGAAGCAAACUACAAUGAAUACUACGCACUCGUGGGCAAGCAGGCCUGCAUAAACAACAAAAUUAGGUUUGCCUUUCAAGACAGGCUUUGGAGGAUAUUCCGGAGUCUUGGCGAGCUUAUGUUCGGCGAAGAAGCAGAAGAGGAAGAGACUGCCGACAGUGAAAAGAUGAAGGACGAGCGGCGCCUUGGCCAUGUGGCGCGCUUCUACGCGACUCUGAUAUCUAACGGGGCCCUAAACAUCAAUAUAUUGAAGCCUUUACAUCUUUCUAGGCUGAAUUCAUGGACGCUCAUGUUUAUUGAGCAGCUCAUAGUCAGCCUCCUGCAGGCCUGUCGAGGUAGCAAUGAAGACAAGGAGAGCGCCCGGGUGGCCAAGAUCUUUGGCGCGGUGGCAGAUAUGCCGUCACUUGUGGCGGGCUUGGAGUGGUUUCUUCGGAAGAAGAUCCGGAAAAGCAAGCUGUUAACGCCAAAGGAGGCGAAGAGGCUGGAAAGGGUCAGGGGAAAGGCUGAGGCUGUUGUACAAGCUCAAGCGGCCAGAGAAGUCUAGGGAAGCCAAGAAAAACUGGCCUCAGAGAGGUGUUUCCUAAACGACACCCAGAACAUAUAUAUAAACCACAGAUAUAGAUAUAGAAUACGUAGAUUGGUAGCUGCUUGGACGUGCAAGCGGAGCAUAAUGCCCCUUUUGAAACGAGGUUGCCGAGGAUAAUGACGCUCUACGAAAACUGCCAGGAACCGGCGUGACAAUAAAAAA